UUUAUUUAAUCAUUUUUGUAAUACAAUUCUAUCUUUUAGAAAUACUUAACGAAUCAAUGAAUGAUUCUUCUACAUAAACUAACAUAAUUUCAAUAAUUAUCGAGACUUAAAUCACACGAUUGAUCGAGUUUUUUUAAAUUGUGAAUCUGUUUUAAAAAUCUCGUGAAAUUUGUCACACACAUUAAUUGCGUCCUCUAUGAAAUUCGCGAGAACUAAUUUCUCGCGAAACGAAGAGAAAAGAAGGUUAUUUCGUUAAUUUCGCGAUGAAAGGAUUAUCGAAAAAUGGGCACGAAUGGCCCACACGUUUAAGCUUCAUUGUUAUUCUAUUGCGAUACGAUGUCCUUGCCACAAUCGAUGUUAAUUUAAAUGAAUUGGAAUAUUUAGCCGCUCGUCUUAAUCACUUCGAGUGUCGACGAUUGAUAGCCGCACUUCAUUACACCACUUACGAGCUACCGAGAGAUCUGGCAGGUGCUGAACGUAAUGUGGAUGAAAACAUCCCUUGCAUUCGACAUCUCGUGCAUUGGAACAGUGCUCCAGCCGAGGGUAAAGGCACCACUCAUGAAAUUUUGACUCACAGACUUCGACAAUUAAGUCGAGAUGAUCUGGCAGAUUGGUUAGGAAAAUCCACUUUUAAACAAUUAGGGAAAGAUCUUCAGAGGGCGAUGAUAACGACGUUCGAAGAACUCGGAAAACAGGAAACGGAAUUACCUCAUCCUGUAACUCUUGAACCACGUAAACGCGAGAAAGAAGAUCCUUGGUUACAAAUCGACGUUAUUCUCAUAGCUAUUUUAUUAGCAUUAUUAGGAACUUUGUUAACUCUUAUAUGUGCCACAGUUAUACAAAGAAUCAGACAUAAAAUCAAAUACAAGUACGAUUAUUAUUAUAUUUUUAUUUUCAUUAUUUUUUUUUAUAUUAUUAAAAUAAGCGCAAAUUUUGUUAUCGAAAAAUUAAAAAAUUUUAUAAAUCGUAGAAAAGUAAAGCAACAGGAAAACGAGAAUGUAAAACAAAAUAAAAGAAAAACAAAGAAGAAAUACACUGAAAGCAGUACUAGCGGAACUACUGAUUAUAUAUAUCUCGAAAGCGAUUCGGACACGGAUGUAUAA